AUGGCUGACAGCAGACGAGCCACCACUCAUGUGUACGUGACCAUCGUGGACGAGAACGACAACGCUCCCGUGUUCCCGCAGCCUCACUAUGAGGUGCUGCUGGACGAGGGUCCGGACACGGUCAACACCAGCCUGGUCACUGUCCGAGCACUGGACCUGGACGAGGGGCCCAAUGGCACCGUCACCUACGCCAUCGUGGCAGGCAACAUCCUCAACACCUUCCGGAUCGACAGGCACACGGGAGUCAUCAGUGCCAUCAAGGAGCUGGACUAUGAGAUCAGCCAUGGCCGCUACACCCUGAUUGUCACCGCCACAGACCAGUGCCCCAUCUUGUCCCACCGCCUCACCUCCACCACCACGGUGCUCGUGAAUGUGAACGACAUCAACGACAACGUGCCCACCUUCCCCCGGGACUACGAGGGACCCUUUGAUGUCACCGAGGGCCAGCCGGGGCCCAGGGUGUGGACUUUCCUGGCUCACGACCGGGACUCAGGCCCCAACGGGCAGGUGGAGUACAGCCUGGUGGACGGAGACCCUCUGGGGGAGUUCGUGAUCUCUCCCGUGGAAGGGGUGCUGCGGGUCCGGAAGGAUGUGGAGCUGGACCGGGAGACUAUUGCCUUCUACAACCUGACCAUCUGUGCCCGCGACCGCGGGGUGCCCCCACUCAGCUCCACUAUGCUGGUGGGGAUCCGGGUGCUGGACAUCAAUGACAAUGACCCGGUGCUGCUGAACCUGCCCAUGAACAUCACCAUCAGUGAGAACAGCCCGGUCUCCAGCUUCGUCACCCGGGUCCUGGCCAGCGACGCCGACAGCGGUUGCAACGCGCUCCUCACCUUCAACAUCACCGCAGGCAACCGGGAGCGGGCCUUCCUCAUCAACGCCACGACAGGGAUCGUCACUGUGAACCGGCCCCUGGACCGUGAGCGGAUCCCAGAGUACAAGCUGACCAUUUCCGUGAAGGACAACCCGGAGAACCCACGCAUAGCCAGGAAGCCUCCCCAGCCCCCAAAGCUUGGACUGGGGGAUCAGAGAGAGAAGCGCUGA